CGGGCGGUCACGUGUUCGACGUCGUCAAGUCGUCGACCCCCAUCGCCCGUCGACGCCGCAACCCAACACCCGCCCGCCCUCCGCAUCACGCCGUCGCUGCCACACUCGCACCAUGUCGGGCCAGAUCGACAACCUCGCGCCCAGCUUCGCGCCGUUCUUCGGCAUGAGCGGCAUCUUCUUCGCAAUGACCUUUGGAUGCAUGGGAGCUGCCUAUGGCACAGCCAAAGCCGGUGUGGGCAUUGCUGGUAUUGGAACAUACAGGCCCGACCUGAUCAUGAAGUCGCUCAUCCCCAUCGUCAUGUCCGGUAUCUUGGCUGUCUACGCCCUCGUCAUCUCGGUCCUGAUCGCCAGCGACAUCAAGCCCCCGCCUGAGAAGGAGUACUCGCUGUUUGCCGGCUUUAUGCACAUGGGCGCCGGCUUGUCUGUCGGCCUGUCCGGCCUGGCUGCCGGCUACGCAAUUGGCAUUGUUGGAGACGCCGGUGUGCGUGCGUUCAUGCGUCAGUCGAGGAUCUUUGUUGGAAUGGUCCUCAUUCUGAUUUUCGCCGAAGUCUUGGGUCUCUACGGUCUCAUUGUCGCCCUCAUCAUGAACACUCGCGCCAGUGGCUGAGCUAGGCCGUGGCAAUGGCGUCGUCAUGUACGAAUACUCGGUGUAGAAGAAACAUUUGCAUGCACAUAUCAGGCGUUAGGAGCAAGCGUUCAGUGGGGUCAGUCUUUAGAGCUUGAAGAGGCGGGUCCAGCGUAGAGGACGUGUAAAUUGGCAGCACUGCAAUCAAGUAUGACUUGGAUGGAAUGCACGAUUUUGGAUAUUUAUUGUGAACGAUGGAACAAUCGCAAUCACGUGCUGUAGUUGAUGACCGGCUUGAUCGACUACUGUGUACUACCAACCUGCCAGCUUGAGUAAGCGCGGCAGGACGCGAGGGAUGCUGGCAGCGAUGGCUCGGCUUGAUGACUCGGGCUGAAACGGCGUCGUGAAUCACG